AAAGGAAGACUUUCUCCAUCAACAGAACGUUUCUAUCGUCGAUCUGUUGAUUAACCCCUCUUUGAUCUCUACGAGUUACGAUAGAAAACUCUAGAAUCUUUUUUAUUCUUCCACAAUGCCUAUCUCCAACGGCGACGCUCUUGGCAAGGCCAUGAAGGCCGAGAUCCAGGAUCACACCAAGGCCCUGGAAGUUCUGGAGAAGGACUACCCCUCCAGAGAUGGUUUGGAUGUUGAUACUCUGCUGGAUUCGGACAAGCACGGAGCAUUGACCUACAAUGACUUCCUCAUCUUGCCCGGAUAUAUCGGUAAGACGACGAUGAGCCUUUUUCUGCAGUCGUUUGGUGCCUAGUUAUUCAUACCUUAUGACAGGCUUCCCUGCUUCCGAUGUCAGCCUGGACACCCCCGUCACCAAGCGCAUCAGCUUGAAGGCUCCUCUUCUGUCCUCCCCCAUGGACACUGUCACCGAGCACAACAUGGCCAUCCACAUGGCUUUGCUGGGUGGUCUGGGUGUCAUCCACCACAACUGCACUGCCGAGGAGCAGGCUGAGAUGGUCCGCAAGGUGAAGAGAUACGAGAACGGCUUCAUCUUGGACCCCGUUGUGCUCUCCCCCAAGGCUACUGUCGGAGAAGCCCGGGAUCUGAAGACCAAGUGGGGAUUCGGUGGUUUCCCCGUCACUGAGAACGGUACCCUCCGCUCGAAGCUCGUCGGAAUGGUCACCAGCCGUGACAUUCAGUUCCACCCCAACCUUGACGACCCAGUCACCGCCAUCAUGGCCACCAACCUGGUUACUGCCCCUGCUGGCACCACCUUGGCCGAGGCCAACGAGGUUCUCCGUAGCUCCAAGAAGGGCAAGCUCCCCAUCGUUGAUGAGAGCGGAAACCUUGUCUCCCUGCUCUCCCGCAGUGACUUGAUGAAGAACCUCCACUAUCCUCUGGCCUCUAAGCUUCCCGAGUCGAAGCAGUUGAUCUGCGCUGCUACCAUCGGUACUCGUGAUGCCGACAAGCACCGUCUUCAGCUGCUUGUUGAUGCUGGUCUUGACAUCGUCAUCCUUGACAGCAGCCAGGGUAACAGCAUGUACCAGAUCGAAAUGAUCAAGUGGGUCAAGAAGACCUUCCCCGAAAUUGAUGUCAUUGGCGGAAACGUCGUGACUCGGGAGCAAGCCGCGGCUUUGAUUGCCGCCGGUGUCGAUGGCCUGAGAAUUGGCAUGGGCAGCGGUAGUGCUUGCAUCACCCAGGAGGUCAUGGCUGUUGGCCGUCCCCAGGCCGCCUCCGUUCGCAGCGUGUCUUCUUUCGCCGCCCGCUUUGGCGUUCCUUGCAUUGCUGACGGUGGUGUCCAGAACGUUGGUCACAUCGUCAAGGGUCUUGCCAUGGGUGCCUCCACCGUCAUGAUGGGUGGUCUCCUUGCCGGUACCACCGAGUCUCCCGGUGAGUACUUCGUCAGCAACGAAGGUCAGCUGGUCAAGGCCUACCGUGGCAUGGGCAGUAUCGCCGUCAUGGAGGACAAGAAGGCCGGCGGCAAGGCUGGCAACGCCGGUACCGCUCGGUACUUCUCGGAGAAGGACAACGUCAUGGUCGCCCAGGGUGUUGCCGGCUCCGUCCUCGACCGUGGCUCCGUCACCAAGUUCAUCCCUUACCUCGUUGCGGGUGUGCAGCACUCUCUUCAGGACAUCGGUGUGCCCAGCCUUGAUGCUCUGCACGACGGUGUGAACAAGGGUCUUGUCCGCUUUGAAAUGAGAAGCGCUAGCGCCAUGGCCGAGGGUAACGUCCACGGUCUGCACAGCUACGACAAGAAGCUCUACUCUUAAAUGAACUAGAUAAUGCGCUUGGUUGAUUUAUUCUUCUAUUCGGGACUUUUCUUUGCUUCAAAGACCGGUUUACACGAUGACACGUGGUGAUACGAAAAUAAAAAAGUUCACUGGCAUGAGGGUUAGGAGUUAGAUGUGGAUAUGUGCGGGCAUUUGUUUUUCUUUCUUGGUUGCUGUAGCAUUUCAUGCUUACCAUGAUUAUGCAAUUGGGAUAUUGAACUAUGAAUUAGACUUUAUCACUUGUUCUCAACAC